AUGGCCACCCAGAUCGAGGCGAGGUCUCUGGCCUCGCUCAACUACCUGGCCGCCAACCCGCCCCAAUACCCUCACAACCCAGCCGGCGAGCGCCAGGAACCGUUAACUCUCUACAUUUCACGCGUGCCGGGAACCAGAGACGUGAUUCUCACCACGUCAAAACCACACCUCAAAAACGUCACCAGCGAAGACGUCGCAAACUCCUUCUACUACAUCCACCUCGAGCUUCCCGGAGAGGGAAACCGACCGUACGAGGUCGGCCACCAGCAGCCUCAACAACACCUCCGCAACCCAGACACGCCCAGGUCCAGCAUCGACAGCACCCGCAGCGCCAACCAGAUCCGCCGCAAACCCCUGCCCUCCACCGCAAAAGUCCCCUCGCCACCUGCCGAGCCCGCCCGAUCCUACCCCCUCCCCGGAUCCCACCCCGCCGCCGGCGGCUACGGCACCGCCUACGACCACUUCCGCCCCGAUGACCUCCCCGACGCCCGCCCGGAUCUGCCUCCGCGGCCCCUGUCCUACUCACCCCCGGCCCCGGUCCGCAAACCCGUCGGCCCCCGAGCCAUCCCGACCCCGGCCCCGGAUCACCACGACGUCCUCUACCCCUCAGACGCCUUCCGCCCAUCGCCGUCGGGGUCACCCUCGCGCAUGCCGCAGGAGCCAUCCUACCGCUCGACCUCGCGCCAGUCGACAUCGACGCCUCACCAGCACCACGUCCGCCAGCUCUCCCGCUCCCCCUCCCCGAACCGCUUCCACAACACCACCGCCGUGCCCUUCACCCUCUCCCUCAUCCGCCGCGACCCGAGCACCGGCAACCAGUGGAACAUUGGCCGCGUCUCCUCCCACCAGCUCGAGGACUCGGGCGAGGACUACGAGUACUUCUCCUUCGACUCCGCCGGCCUCUCCGCCCAUGACCGCCGCCGCGCCAACGCCCCCCAGCCCCCCAUCAGCAUCCGCCUCGAGUCGUCCGGCUACGCAAAAUUCCGCCACAUGCCCCUCCGCCAGAGCCUCGACAUGCCCCGCGCCUCCACCUCCUCCGUCGCGCCUCCGCCCUUCGCCAACUCGGAGGAUGCCCUCAACUGGCAUGCCCAGCAGCAGAUGCUACAGCAGCAGAUGCAGAUGCAACAGCCCCCCUCCGAAGGCGGCUUCAACAGGCAGGUCGUGAUGGCCUACGCGAAAUCCUGGACGACCAACAUCCGUGAAAAGUUCAACUCGCGCUCGCGGUCGAGCAGCGUCGUCGACGAGCCAUAUGGCAGCCCCCCGCCCCCGCGCUCGAACCGCCACUCGCGCCAGCUGAGCGCGCACUCCACGGGCUCCAUGUCCUCCAACGGCAGCGACUCGGGCCCCAUCAUCACCCAGCCGGGCCACGGCCUGCGGCCCCGCGGCUACGUGUUCGUGUCGCCGUGGGACGGCCGCUGCGAGUUCCGCACGGGCAACGCCGGCCGCAGCGUCAAGUGCCGCCACGUCCUCCCCAGCGCCGGCGGCGGCCAAAGCAACCCGCUCGCGCCCUCGGGCACGUCCAACUCGGCGCCCGUCAGCGAGCUGCGCUUCAAUCUGCCGACGACGGAGCUGUUCAAGCAGGAGGGCAAGCGGGAGCAGCUCAGCGGCCACUUUAGCAAGCUGCUCAACAUUGGCAAGCCCGGCGAGUACAGCGACGACGAGGACGUGCCUAGUCCGUUCGACCUCCGGCUCGGGCGGGAGAAGGCGGGCGGUGGCAACCGCGGAAAGAGGGCCAAGCUGGGCAAGCUGAUUGUUUAUCCGGAAGGGAUAAAGAUGCUGGAUCUCGUCAUUGCCGCCAAUAUGGGUAUCUGGUGGGGAGCGUGGGAAAAGAGUUUCUAG